AUGGAGCAUGGUUGCAAUUCAAGGGAUUAUGGCCCUGAAACAAACCAAGUAUCACUUCACAUUGUGCGGAAAAGCUUUUGUAAUGUCUUGCAAGGCAUACGCUCUUUUAUCACAUAUAAGGGUGUGGAAGAAGUGAAGGAGCUCUGUGGUUUAGCUAUUCCACUGAUUCUUUCACAGCUGCUAUGCUUUUCCAUAAACAUUGUCAGCUCCAUAUUCUGUGGUCAUCUGGGCAAAGUAGAACUGGAUGCUGUAACACUUGCCAAUGCAGUUAUUGCUGUGACUGGGAUUUCUGUGGGCCUAGGGCUGGCUUCAGCAUGUGACACACUCAUUUCGCAGAUAUUUGGCAGCAAAAAUCUAAAACUUAUUGGAGUUAUUGUGCAACGGGGAAUCCUUAUCCUGAUGCUUGCUUGCUUUCCAUGCUGGGCACUGUUUGUUAACACAGAGAACAUUCUAUUAUUCUUCAGACAGGACCCAAGGGUGGCCCGUAUGGCAGAAGAUUACGUCCUGUAUUUUAUUCCUGCUCUCCCAGUUUCAUUUCUUUAUCAACUAGAAGGACGAUAUUUACAAAAUCAGGGUAUAGUGAAGGCUCAAAUCAUUGUCAGCAUUGUAUCGAACAUCAUAAAUGCUAUUGUCAACUAUAUAUUCCUGUUUGUGCUGGAACUUGGAGUUAUAGGCUCUGCUUGGGCCAACACUAUAGCUCAGUUUUCCCAGGCCCUGUUUCUUUUCCUAUACAUACGUGUGAAGAAGCUCCAUGUACAAACUUGGGGAGGUUGGUCCAUGGAAUGCUUGCAAGACUGGAAUUCCUACGUAGCGUUAGCUGUGCCAAGCAUGUUAAUGGUAUGCAUCGAAUGGUGGACGUAUGAAAUUGGCAGCUUUCUUGUAGGUUUGAUUAGUGUGGUGGAGCUUGGAGCGCAGUCUGUCAUAUAUCAGUUGGUAACGAUUGCAUACACAAUUCCAUUUGCCAUAGGUAUGGCCACCAGUGUUAGAGUGGGCAAUGCACUUGGUGCUGGGAACACCGAACAGGCAAAGAGGUCCAUGAAGAUUGCUUUCUUAGUAACAGGUAUAUUCAUACUUAUAGACACUAUCCUCCUGGCCUCCUUUAAGAAUGUAUUUUCAUACAUAUUUACCAGCGAUGGGGAGAUAGCAGAUAUUGUUUCUGAAGUUAUCCCCAUUUAUAUUUUCUUCCACAUCUUUGAAUCCAUUGCCUGUGUUUCAGGUGGAGUGCUUCGAGGAACAGGAAGACAGAAGUUAGGUGCCAUUGUGUAUGGUAUUGGUUAUUAUGUGAUUGGACUUCCAGUUGCCGGUGCCCUAAUGUUUGCAGCCAAAGUGGGCAUAAAAGGCCUGUGGAGUGGAAUGAUCCUCUGUGGGAUCUUCCUUUCUGUUUUUUUCACAGUAUAUCUCCUAAGAAUAAAUUGGAAGGAUAUCUCAUUUGAGGCCCAACAACGAGCUGGAGUUGCCUAUAAAGAAACAUCUCCCUCAGUAACACAGAAUACAACAAACACUAUACAAUUAUCAGAUGUCUCUAUUGAUUCUAAGCAAACUGGACAGGUGACAUUGCAAGAAGAGCCUCCAGUCUACGGCAGCCGCCAAGCAAAGAUAGACUUAAUAAUUCGCAGAGGACUUGCUCUCGCCUUGGGAGUGGUCGUGUUGCUCAUAGGAGUUCUAGUCAAAGUCUGGACAUCUAGCAACUAAUUUAACAAGUUCAGUAAACUCGUUGGGAAGCAAAGUAAACCCACUGCUCAAUCUA